AUGGACGUUGACCUGGAGAAGAAAGAAAGCCCGUCAUCGGAUGGCGGCGAGAGACCGAGUCAGGACUAUGGGCAAGUCGUCACCAGAACCCAGGGGCCAUUCUGGGUCAGAUUCAUUGAUGGAUUUCGUCAAAACCCAAACGCUCGCGUUUCGGAGCAACUGGUCGAUGCCGACGGCAAGCUGCUUCCAGACCAGCCCACGGCUCAACCGGCGCUGGCCACGAAGUUGAAGCAGCGACAUUUGCAGAUGAUUGCUAUCGGAGGCUCUAUUGGCACGGGUCUGUUUAUUGGCUCCGGCUCUGCCCUGUCGACCGGCGGGCCGGCAGGCAUCGUCAUCUCGUACUGUACGCUUGGGAUCAUGUUGUUUUGCACCGUGCAUGCCCUCGGAGAGAUGGCAGUCAUGUUUCCCGUCGCCGGCUCAUUCUCUGCUUAUUCCAGCCGAUUCCUCGAUCCCGCGUGGGGAUUCGCCAUGGGCUGGAACUAUGCGAUGCAAUGGCUUGUGACUUUGCCGAUCGAAAUCAUGGCCGCUUCGAUGACUCUGAAUUAUUGGAGCGGAGCUCGCGAUGUCAACCCGUCCGCAUGGGUGUCGAUCUUCUUUGUGGUGAUUAUCGCCAUCAAUUUCUUCGGAGUACGAGGCUAUGGCGAAGCGGAAUUCGUCUUUUCUAUUGUCAAAGUCAUCGCCAUCCUUGGUUUCAUAAUCUUCGCCCUUGUCGUCGACGUGGGCGGAGGUCCGACGGGACAUUACUUUGGUGCCAAAACCUGGGAUAACCCGGGGGCCUUUGCCAAUGGCUUCAAAGGUGUAGGCUCUGUCUUUGUAACGUCUGCAUUCUCGUUUGGCGGUACCGAGCUGGUCGGUCUGGCAGCAGCCGAGUCGGCGAAUCCGCGCCUGGCACUUCCAACAGCCAUCAAGCAGGUGUUUUGGCGUGUCGUCCUGUUCUAUAUCAUUUCACUCACCUUUGUGGGCCUCUUGGUGCCUUGGGACGACCCGAGGCUCCUCAACAGCGGUAGCACUUCCAACACGUGGACCUCACCUUUCGUCCUCGCCAUCAAGAAUGCUGGCGUAGGGGGGCUCCCAUCCGUGUUCAACGCCGUGAUUUUGAUCGCCGUUCUCAGUGUUGGCAAUGCGUCCGUGUACGGGGCGAGUCGUACGCUGGCAGCACUUGCCGAUCACGGUCAAGCACCCCAGAUUCUCGGAUACAUUGACCGAGAGGGGCGUCCCCUGGUGGCCAUCAUCGUGUCCUCGUCAUUGGGGGCGCUUUGCUAUAUUGUCAAUUUGAAGCCAUCACAGCGGCAAGAGGCGUGGAACUGGAUGUUUGCAGUAUCAGGACUGGCAUCGAUCUUCACCUGGGGAUCCAUCUGUCUGUGCCACAUUCGAUUCCGACAGGCGUGGAAACAUCACGGUCAUAGCGUGGACGAGCUCCCGUUCAAAUCUCAAGCUGGCGUCCUGGGUUCCUGGCUUGGCUUGGUCAUCAAUUGUCUGGUCCUUGUGACGCAGUUCUGGACCGGCUUCGCACCAGUGGGAUUCCGCGAGAUGAGUGGUUCCGACAGGACCAAGAACUUUUUCGAAGUGUAUCUUGCAGCCCCGGUGGUGAUUGUCUUCUACCUUGGCUUCAAGAUAUGGCGGAAGACGUCAAUCAGGCGGGUCGCUAACAUUGACGUUGUCAGUGGCCGGCGUGAGAUUGACCUGGAGCAGAUCUUGGCCGACGAACGUGCUACGCAAGCGACAUGGCCAUGGUGGAAGAAGACUUGGCGUUUCUUCUGCUAG